AUGGCUGAUUUGGGAAUCCCCGUCGAAUGCCACUUCGAACUCCGAUGGCGAAAAACCCACAUCAUGGCCUCGAUCAUCAGCGAUCGUCCCGUUGCCGAUCUGAAGAAGUGGCCUCAGAAAUUACUCGAGAAAGACCCGGCCACCUUCACGCUGAUGUGGCUGAACAACGAGCGAUGGGUGCGUUUGAACGAUGAGGACACGCUUAUGCAAGCUGGCUUCAAUGCGGAAAAUGCAAGAGUCCAAGACCCGGCAAUUCUUGGGCUGGCCUUCGAAGAAAUGCCGCGAGCAAAUGAAUCUUCAAUAGAAUAUCCGCCAGGAUGCGGGCCUGUAUCACCAGAGAUGCGCGACAGCGAACUGAUCAAAAAGCUGAACGCAAUGACGAAUACAUUCAUGACGCUGGACACCGAGACGACCAAAAGCGCUGAUAUAAAAUUUCGACCACUCGCCCAACACUUGAUCAAAGAUGAAUUUGUUGCACACUCGAAUCGAGAAAUCCAGGUGUACAUCGCCAACUGCCUGGCGGGCAUCUUUCGGCUUUCAUCGCCCAAUAAUCCCUUCAUCAGGCCGGAAGAUACAAACAAAGCAUUAACUUGUCUUAUUGAUGGCCUGCGUGGACUCGAAAAACCUGAUUCAGCUAUCUACCGUCGGCAUUACUAUAUUCUAGAGAACCUUUACGCGAUGGGGACACUGGGUUUGGUCACUGAAAUCUCUGAGAAGGACCAACAGGAACUUUUGCGGCAUACCAUCGUGACGCUAUUUGGCAUUGCUGGAAAAUUGAAGGAUCCAGCCAAGGAGGGAAGUGCUGAACCGCCUCUCGAUGAAGAUGCCGAAGAGAAGCCUGAACCGGCGGCCAAUGGCGACGAAUUCGACGAAGUUGCCGAGAAGGAAGGCUCCGUGAUCCAAAUCCUUUCGAUGUCCGUGAUGGUCAUUUCAAAUCUUCUAACCGAAGUGCCGAUGAUAUCGGAUCAGGCGAUGGACGCUAUUUUCGUGAACCUGACGACGCCGACAAAGCUGAAUUCCCCGAAUUGCUAUCGCCUGGCGAAGAAGGUGAUCAUGGCGGCUUCGACCGUACUCUCUGCUCCGUUUCAUGAGCUCUGUGCGCAAGUUGGCGUGACCAAUCGGAUGCCGGACGACUUUUCUCUUUGUGGAGGCUCGGCGACGAAGCUCUACCAAGUGAUUUGCGAGAUCCAUGCGUUGGUUCCCGAAGUUGCCUAUCCUGUCCUGCAAAUCUUCCAAAAGCAUUUAUCGUCUCCUGACUCGGAAGUCAGAUAUAAAGCGACCAAAAUCAUGUGCGUCCUGAUCGGUCAUGACAAGGGGCGACUUGCGGACGAGCAGGAAGCACUGUGGCUGAACUUUCUCAAACGUUUUUCCGAUGCAAACAAGGAUAUUCGGGCCUUGUGUGCAGCACAGGCCGGAGAAUUGCUGGUUGACCAGCCCUCCCUUUCCGGUACUAUGUGCGAGCGCUUGAUUCGACUAUUAGCUGACGAGGAUGAAGAAGUGCGGAUUGCUGCUCUGGCCAGUACAUCGCUAGCCGGCUGUCGCAAACUAGAAGCUGUCACGGAGCAAUUGAUUGCGGCUGCUGCUUCGAGAAUUAUGGACAAGAAGCCGAAAGUACGAGCACAUGCUAUUCGGGAGUUAUCAAAGCUGCAUUGGAAAAUCUACCGCGAUGAGAGGUACACGACAAAUGAUCGAGCGACUAUUUCUGUAAUCGCCAAGAAAAUCUUUUACCUUUACUCUCAACCGGAGAUGAGAGAUGAAAAGAUGCUGAUCGAACGACGCUUUGUGGGCGCCAUAAUUCCGUAUCAACUGCCUCGUGAUCGGCGCAUCGCGGUUGCACUCGAGGUGUACGCACGGCUGACAACCUACGAGGCAGCGUUCUUCGCCGAAUUGUUGGCGACACAGUCGCAGUAUCGGCGGGCCAUCUUGGACAUAUUGCUGCUUUCUGCAAGGACCGGCCAGGGAGAGCAAAUUGACGAACUUAAACUGGAAAUUGAAAAGCGUAUUGCGAAGACAGUCCAUGGGGUUCCGUCGCAGAAGUAUAUGCACGCUCUCCGCUUCUUUACCAACUUCAUUUCGAAAGAUCAGCACGCCUUUGAAUUGGUGGAAUACAUGCUGAAGCCUGGGUACACAUGCGAGAAAGUGUUGCAAAAUAUGACCGAAUUCCUCAACCGGGCCACGGAAAGACAUUCUAACGACCGGUCGUUCCCGGCGGAGUUUCGAACAAUGGUCAAGGAACUUUUCGAACGAUCCAUGCCGCUUCAAAUUGACACUGAGACCGCUGGGGAAAUCUGCGGCUACGUACUAAAGAUGGUGAAAAGAGCGGAAUGUCGGGACGCGAAGGCUUUGGAGCUGUUGCCGAAACUGCUGGAGCUCUGGAAGUUGUUCGCUCUGCAUAACUCGCAUUGCUUUGCUUCGGAAUUGGUCGUGCCCGAGAUUCUCAGCAUUAUUACUAGGGAACACUGCCCAGAUAUUGCCGUGGAGGCUGGAGUUCAAGUACUGCUGCACGUGUGCGAACAAAGCAUUAUCAAAGUUUCCGAGCAUAGCUGGGCUGACGAGGCCGUAAAGAUUUGUGUCGAACUGUCCCGCCGUGGACCUCCGGGAGCAGCAAAGGGAACCGUUGUCUGCGUUUGCAGGCUCCUCGGGCGAGCCGAAGCGAAGGACACUGUAGUUGGGAUGGCAAAGGCCGCCCUCAAACACCUCGACAUCAAUGAUCCGCAAUGUGUGACCGCUCUCCAAACACUCUCGCGAACUAUUAACGCCUACCCGAGUGAGAUGCGAGCGGAGCUGCGCCCAAUUAUCACCAGCGAUAUAGUCACGAAGAUAUGCCUGUCUCCGGAGGUGGAUGAGGGCCCGCAAGAAAUCGAACGAGAGCUGAGUACUGCGACGUGCCCGCCAAUCCUGAAACGAAAGAUUUACGCGAUGAAAUACCUGGUGCGCUUCCUCACCAAUGUCCGGCGCGACGAUGACGAUUUGGCGCUGGUUGAAAAAAUCAUCACGCUAUUCCGGACAUUCCUCAGCGUGGCCGGCGACGUGCAUGACGCUCGGAUGAGCUCGUUGGAGCAGGCGUGGUUCCGAGCCUAUGCAGGCGCAGCGAUCAUUCGACUCGCCUACGUCACCAAAUAUUUGGCUCAAAUACCUGUCGCGGCGCUACAGAUGGUUUCUCACUUGUUGUUGGAUGAAUCUGCAGCUGUUCGAGUAUAUGUGGGGCGUCGCUUGCGGAAAGCCUUCGCCAGGCGGAUGGUUUCAAUCGAAUUUUCUGGCAUGUGGAGCCUUGCUCCGUUGGUACAAGAGGAAGAUAGUAAACGGGAAGGAUAUCUGAAUGUGGUGCGCGGUGAUUUGGACGUGGCACUCCGACUCUACCGCCAAACAUCACUACUGCCAGACACCGUUUUGAAGCUACACUACUUUCAGCCCGAACUGUUCUUGCCUUAUUCACUGCAUUUUCUGGCCAAUUCGGGUUUCUGUAAUGAUCUGGCUGUGAAGGAAGAUCUGGAUGAUGUGAUAAGGUGCCUCACCUUCGUCAUCAGCAUCUUUUUUACGGACCCAACGAAGCGCUACAAUUUGGACUUGUCGCUUGCUUUCUUGCAGAUGGUGAAAGACUCAGAAGACGCUACAAUUCCGCCAGAUGCGACAAAAUCCGAACGUGAAAAGCGCAAUCAGAAUCUUUGGAUACUGGCUGAUUUGUCAACAGCAAUAUUAGCUUCAAUGUCCAAACAACUCCUAUCAGCCUCCUCCCAUAAUCUAUGGGCGCCGGCAGCCAUUAUGGAUCAGCUUCGGGCUGGGAAGUGGAAGCCUGGGAAGAAGCUUUCCGGAAAUUCGACUGCACAAGGCAAAGCGACGAACGGCAGAAUUCGCCGGAAACGACGACAAACCCGUUCGGAUAGCGAGAGCGAAGAAACCAUCGAAGAACAAAACGAGGCGGAGGAGGAAGAGAGAUCUCUGAAAGAUGCCACUGCGUCGGAUCAGAAGAACACCACCCAGCGGCGAAAUGUGUCGGCAUCCAGUGCUCCCGGCAAACGGUCUUCACCCACAAAGCAGCCUGCGCUGAAGAAGAACCGACCGUCAAGAUUUAUCCCCAACGAUGAAAUUGCUCCCUCCCCAAUCCGCCAGAACGGCCGAGCAACUCGCAGCACACUCGAACCAGGAUUUACCGCGUCGACACCGGUGGAAAAGGGUCCGAAAGCUAAACGCGGUAAGCAUGUCUCGGAUGCUGAUACCGUAUCGCCUGCGCCGCCCGUAAAAUCCAGUCAGCAGAAGACACCAUCACCUUCAAAGAAGCCUACAAGGAUUGGUCGGAGAUUGACUGGUGGCACGCAAGGAAGCACUACUUCUUCGCAGACUGCAAUCGCGAACAAUUUGAAACUGCAGGACUCUCAAGAGCGCGAAAAGAAGCCUGCUGCCAAAAAAACUUCAUCAACCAGCAAGGUCCAGGCGAAGACUGAGAAUAGCGCGCCAGCACCUGCGAAGAAACCAUCUAAACCUGAGCCCAAGACCGCGGCGGCAGCCCCUUUGCAAAGGCCCAGGCGAGCUGCGAGAAAA